AGUCAGUUGUGGAGCAGAGGACAGGUCACUUCAUCACUUCAUCUCCACACAAACAAGCUUCUUGCUCAGCUCCAUGAGCUCCGACUAACCUCAGCAGCGACUCGACAAGUCAGUCAACACCAGAGGACGAAGGAACCCACAACAGUUUGAUGACAAAGGCGACUGGCGGGAGAUGUGCGCUGCUGUGUAUGUCCUGUCCACGGUAACGGGCUACGUGCUCACCUCCGCCCUGCUCAUGAAAUGUCCCACUCUUCUGCACCGAAGGAAGCGGGAGAAUUUCCUCAGCAGACACAUUUCCCACCGUGGAGGUGCCGGAGAAAACCUGGAGAACACCAUGGCAGCUUUCAAGCACGCGGUGGAUCUGGGCACAGACAUGCUGGAGCUGGAUUGCCACCUGACCAAAGACGAACAGGUUGUGGUUUCUCACGACGCCAACUUGAGGAGGGCGACUGGUAUCAAUGCUGAUAUCUCUGACGUCGCCUACGCUGAGCUACCUCCAUACCUCUGCAAGCUGGGAGUUACUUUUCAGAGGGAGUGUUUCUGUGAGGGAGGGGAUGACAAAUGCAUCCCUCUCCUCAGGGACGUUUUUGAUGCGUUUCCGAACACCCCUGUCAACAUCGACAUCAAGGCCAACAACAACACGCUCAUCAAGAAGGUCUCUGAGCUGGUUGUGAAGUACGACAGAGAACAUCUGACCGUCUGGGGAAACGCCAGAAACAAGAUUGUCAAGAAGUGUUAUAAAGAGAAUCCUCGGAUUCCAGUGUUGUUCAGCUUUCCCAGAGUGCUGCAGCUGUUGGGCCUCUUCUACACUGGCCUUCUGCCGUUUGUUCCCCUCAAGGAGCAGUUCCUAGAGAUCCCCAUGCCCUCCAUUAUCACCAAACUGAAGGAUCCUGAGGGAUUAACAAGGGGCCUGAGAAUCGCCGCCUGGCUUGCAGACAGAUUGCUGAUGAGGAAAGCUCUGUUUGAGCAUCUCACUGCCAGAGGCAUACAGGUGUACGUGUGGGUGCUGAACGAUGAGGAGGACUUCCAGAGGGCGUUUGACUUGGGAGCCACAGGAGUUAUGACAGAUUUUCCCACCAGGCUUAAAGACUUCAUGGACAGGAAUGGCUUCUCAAAGCUCCAGUGACCUGCCAGACUCUACCUGACUAAUCCACUAGACUCUAAUCUGUAUUGUAUGUGUAUCUAUAAAAGAGGUUAUAAUGGCCAUUGAAAUAUGCCGUUUCCAAGUCUUAUCAGUCUUGAAUAUGGCUUUUAACUUGAAAAUAUUGAAUUUGUUUUACUGUUGUAAAGAUUUAAUUAAAGCUUUGUUUAGAGCCAUCCAGUAAAUUAGAGUUUGCAGUAUUACUGCAUGGCAUAUUGCUCUAGUAGAAUCACCAGCAGAUGCACCUUGAUUUUGAAAUGUAAUGUCAAUUUAUUUUUUAUUUUUUUACAAUCUGUCACAUGCUGAUCUAAGCCAGUGUGACACGCUACUCGUCCAGAUGUGUGCAUAUGUGCCAGAUUCAGACAAAACAUCAUUAAUACGGGCUACUGCUCAACAUUUACAGUACAUUUGAACAAAUGCAAUAGAACCGUGGAUUUGUCUCUAAAAACGUCUGUUUUAUAUGAUAUUUGUUAAGAUGAAAGGUUGAAUGGAUACAUGGUUGUAUAUUUGUGUGUAGUUUCGCGUUUCAAAAUCAAAUUGAAGUGAGGUUUCAUUCUCCAUUAAUGGAUCUGAGAGAGAAAUUUAGCACAAAAAAAGGACUUGAUCUUACUUAUGUUAUUGAGUUAUACCUCUUUCACCUUUGUUAAUAUGAUCAUCAACAGCAGUCAAUCAUAUUUAAGAAACAUGUUUAAUUUAUGGGUUUUUACAUGUUUAAUGACGGCUGUGUGAAAUUCAAAUUGAUCGAAAGACAAAGACAACAACACCUCGCUGUGACACAGUUUGAAUGAGUAAAGAUUUUUAUAACCACACUACUGAUGCUCUGGUUUUCAAACCUGUGACCCUGCAGUGAGGCUCCAUAAUGAAUGUAGUAUUGUUUGAAUGUAUUGUGUAUUGUUUGGUAUUGUACUGUCAAAACUGUGUUGGAGUUUUAAUUACUUCACCCUGCUGUUCAUUUGAUAUUGAAAUGAGAUCUGCACAGGUGUAAAUCUGAUUUCUGAUAUUUACACUUUGUAUAUCAAGAACGACUUUACAUCACUAUAAUUUUUCCAAUGGAGAAAGACUUGUGAUAAACCAAUCAAAUUUCAGAUCUUACACAAAUUAUUACACUCUAGUAUUGUAAUACAAUACCUGUGCAGCAUUGUGUGUGGAUUUGUUUUUGCAUGAAAUCAAUAUCUGACAAAUUGUGGUGUUUGAAUUUGUUGAGUUUGACAGGACCAGUGUGUGGACGUGUGGCCUGUCCAAUGUCACAAGUGGUUGAAAAUGUGCUUUUUUUAUCAAUAAAAAAGAAAAGGUUAUAUAA